UUGAUAAGAUAAGUGUGCCAUACUUUGUUCCAGACAGCUAACAGUAGAAAUGUUUAAGGCAGCUGUUAUUUUGGUGUUGCUGCCGUCAGUCAGUGCUAAUGGUGACAUCUACGACGUAUGCACACCCUUGCAGUGGGAGGGGCUUCAGUUUGUUGUCACGGGGACAGAGGAGGCAGGGAGACCUACCAUGAUCCAGAGUACGACCCAGUUCUCGUUUGACGCCAACAACAGUAGGAUAGCUGCCUCUACAUCCGGGUUCCAGGACGGUCAUCAGUUCCAGAAGGACUUCCUGUUCCUGUAUCAGCAGAAAACCGUUUUUGUGAUAGAAGAAGGAAAAUGCCAUGCAGAAAAUCUGGUCAAUGAUUUUCCACCUCACUGCCUUCCAAGAAACUUCACGUGGGUUAUGUGGAGGACGUGGUACGGCUUCGAAAAGUUGGACGACGAGUUGAUUAUCUUCGGCUACAGCGGCUACGUCAACGGCCUGAACUACAGCGUCCAGAUGUCUGGUGAAAUAAGGGCGCCCGCUUUGCAGCAGAUCCUUGGCAACUACAACGACGACCCUUUUUUCCAAACCUCUGAAAUCGUGAACACGACCCGUGGUAUCCAGAACCCGGAUGUCUUCACGCUGCCACCGUCCUGCAAGACAGCUAAGCCAGAGGGAAACUACAAAACUCCCGUGUACCUCCUGGGUGCCACAUUCCCCCGGGAGUCCGCCGUGCCCUAGGGGGUCCUUCCUCUGCAAGCGGGUGGAGGUCAUUAACGCGCUUUGUCUGACGGCGUCAGAGCUACUAUGUCCCAUGCUUGUAGAAGUGAAAAUAAAAGAUUUCUCUAAAAUAA